UAGAAAAACAGUCGAGAGUCAGCGUCAUAACUAAGCGAGUGCGUUUGGGUUUGGGUUUGGGUGAAUGCGAUUGCGAUUGCGUUUGCAAGUGCGCGUGUCGAGUGUGUUUACUCUACUUGCAACAGUGCGUGUGUUUGCAAAGACUAUGUGCAACAAUUGAGUUUGCGGCACGUAACGGCAACGCGAGUUCGAGUUCCAAUGACCAAACGGACGCUGGUCAUGAGUAGAAGCAGCAGGAGCAAAUGGCAAAUACUGUUGCUGCUGCUCUUGCUGCAGCUGAUCUCAACAGCGCUGGCGGCGCGAAGCUCUUAUCCCAACAGCAGCAGUGGCAGUACCAACAACAACAACAAUAACAUAUGGCGACGAGUGCGUCUCGUGACCAGCGUCAGUGCCAGCCCCAGUAUCACCCACAGUCACAGUCUCGAGCGGGAGCGCAGUGCCUACCAAUUGCUCAAGGCCAACAGCAGCAGCAUCUCAACAUCAACUUCAACAUCAACAUCAACAACAACAACUACUACUACUACUACAACAACAACAGCACCAGUACGUCGCAGUGGGAAGCAGCUGCUACGUCGCGAGGAUCUCAAUGUGCCCGAGAGCAAUGUCUCAAGUGCAGCACGCUUGGAAAUGUCCACGGAGUUCUUUGUGGUGCCUACGCAGUCACCGUUGCCCAAGAGCAGCACUUCAGCAACGCCCACGCGCAGUCAGGGCGCCCGAGCACGCGCUGCUAACACGCCACGCUCCACACCACCCAGUGGCGCCACUCCGCCCAGCAUAGUGUCCACCACGCAGCUGCCGUUCACGGGUCUGCGCAAGGAGGUGUGGGUGGUGCCAGUGCUGGUGCUGGCGAGCCUCACCAUGCUGAUGAUGGGCGCCUUCGAGAUUUUUGUGCUGUUCAAAGCGUGGCGCACGUCGCCCUCGCGGCGUCAUCUCUUCCUUGGCCAGAUGCUGCUCCUGGGGCUAUUUGCCUGCGCUGGAUUAGGCGCUGUUAUAACAGCCCAGCCGACGCUGCUCAGCUGUGGCGCUAUCCGCUUCGGCGUGGGCGUGGCCUAUGCGCUUGUCUUUGCCGCUCUGCUGGUCAAGUGUGUAUUCCUCAUCAGUCUAAACGGCGGCGUCUAUCUGCCAGCACCGUAUCAGGGUCUGCUCUUGCUCUUCGCGCUGCUGAUCCAAGUGGCCAUUGGAGCCCAGUGGCUGCUGACCCAGCCGCCGGAAAUCUACACGACCAGCGUGCCAGUCAUGGGCAGCGGUUUCCUCUCCACCACGGUCGCUUCACAGACAAACUACUCAGCACUGUUCUAUCCCACGUCCUACACCACUCUCGACGGCACACCAGAGAUCUACACCAGAAUCGCGGCGGUUAGCACCGUGCUGAUACCACUAUGCAAGACGCAGUUCUCGGAGCUCCUUUUCUCGCUGAUCUACAUCGUGUUUCUCAUUGUGUUUAUUGCCGUACUGGCGAUCAAGUCGCGCGGAAUACGGGACAAUUAUCGCGAGGCGACGUACAUUGGCCUGGCUAUCGGUGGCGCCAUUCCCAUUUGGCUGGGCUGGAUGCUGUGCGGACUGGCUGUUGCUGAGCGGCACAAGGAUGCGUGCAUUGCUUUUGGACUGGUGGCAACUUCGGCAACUGUAUUCCUCGUCAUGUUCAUGCCCAAGGGCAGGCAGCUGGCCGCCAUGGGGAAGGAGGGCCUUUAUGUCGAGGACCGCGAGGAGCAGUUCAGUUCGUUGAGUCGCGCUGGCUCUGGCUAUUCGCCCUCCUUCUUUCAUUUCAAGCCCAUCAAGUAUGGCGUCAUGAGCGGGUGUGGAUUGCCCAAUUCUGCAUCGAAUACGGGACAGGGUCUCAGCUCCAAGCACUGCUCCAGUGCCAACAAUGGCGGUGAUCGAGUCGCUUUGGUCAGCGCCGCACCGCCGAGCUACACACGUAUGUAUCACUAUUUUCCAGCACAUUUGAGCGCACACCCGUUCUGCUAUUACCCCCCCGCACCACCACCACUACCGCCACCGCCUGCACCACCCACACAGCUGGCCACACCAUUGACCCUCAAACAACUUGGCAGCUCGCUUACCUCCAUGACACAAGCGGCGCAGCUGGCCAAAACGCUGCGCUAUGCCCCAGGCAUGUUCAUACGGCCCGACGAAACGAAUCUCUACACUACGCUGGAGCCUACAUUGAGCAGCAAUCCGAAUGUAUACUUCCAGCGCAGUGGCGCCGUGCAUCCCGGCAUAUUGUAUUGACUAGACGGUCUGAAUCUGAGCGGCGCAGAGAGCUAUCGAGAGCACUGGAACUGAGUAUUUUUUCAUAAUAAUUAAGAAGCAGCACAUAGCGCUCCCAUACACACACACACACACACACACACAUACACAUACACACAAAAUGAAAACACGAUACCCUCUAAUACGGCUCCCAAGGAGCAGUAAUAAGUUUUAAUAGAGAAUUAGCCGCUAGAGCAUUAGUUAUAUGAAAUGUCUAUUUAAUAUAAGGUGCAUCGCAUGAUAUUCAUACCAGUAAUUCAGCAAACGUAUAUACUCGUAAUUUAAACAAUAUACACGCUAGUAUUUUAGCUGAUGAUUUGCGGUUCGUAGUAGUCAUAGAGAAAUACCGUACAAUGAAAUCUGUUCACAUAUAUAUGGCCAUAUUAAUAUGUUGAUACUCCAAAAAUACGUUUC